AUGGCCAUCAAAAAGGUGAUUAUUGUAGGCGCUGGGCCCUCGGGCCUGAUCCUCGGCCUCCUGCUCGCCAAACAAGGCAUUGAAGUUGAAAUCCUCGACGCUGGUGCGGAUCUUGACAAUCAACCCCGUGCGGCUCACUAUGCCACACCUGCAACUUACGAGCUAGCACGAGCUGGAGUUCUUGAUGAUGUGAGAGCCGUGGGAAUUCAAUGCAAGAGCUUUGCGUGGAGGAAAAUGGACACCACCUUUAUCGCUGGCAUGAAACACGAUGUACUUCCGGCAGACUACCCAUACAGCAUGGUAGUGCUUCCACUUGACCGACUGGGGAAGAUCUUGUACGAGCACAUUCAGAGACAACCCACGGCAAUAGUUAAGUGGUCCCACCGUGUUGUGCGCAUUGGACAGGACUCAGGGAACGCUUGGGUUGAUGUUGAAACCUCCACGGGCACCACGCGAUUGGAAGCAGACUAUGUUAUCGGCUGCGAUGGGGCGAGCAGCACGGUGCGACGCGAGCUAUUUGGCCCCGAAUAUCCCGGAGAGACCUUAAACGCUCAGAUUAUUGCUACAAAUGUAUACUACGACUUCAGCAAGUACGGCUACUGGGACAGCAACUUCAUCGUUCACCCGAAGAAUUGGUACAUGGCAGCCCGCAUCACCACGGACGGACUGUAUCGUGUAUCUUAUGGUGAUGUCCCGGGACUUACGAGGGAAGAAUAUAUUGCACGCCAGCCAGAACGCUACGCCGAGAUCUUACCUGGAAAUCCUAAGCCCGGCGACUAUACCAUCACCAACAUCAGCCCUUAUAAACUUCAACAGCGGUGUGCCCCCACUUUUCGGGUGGGGAAAAUCAUUCUAGCGGCUGAUGCAGCCCAUCUGUGCAACCCAUUUGGAGGACUCGGUCUGACCGGCGGUAUCGCCGACGUGGGCUGCCUCUUCGACUCAUUGAUAGGAAUUCAUAACGGUCUAGCAGAUGAGAGUAUCUUGGACACAUACAGUGAAGUUCGCAAGCGCAUUUGGACCGAGACUAUUGAUCCUAUGUCCCGUGAAAACUUCCGAAGACUGCAUGACCAGGACCCAGACAGCGCCCGUGAGAAUGACGAGUUCUUCCAAAUUCUUGUAAAUGCAGAAUCGGAUACAGAAUUGGCAAAGGAGCUGGCAUUGGGACUGGAGGUCUUGCGGCACGACAUGACCCAAUACUAUAAGAAACCCUCUGGAGAUGCUAAAUUAUAGAGGGGUUUAAAUUCGAAGUCGUUCGGAAAUUUUCACAUCGUUGCGUGUGGUGGCACGUUGUACACAUUUAGCCUAGAUGGUGAAAUAUAUAGUGAUUUUAUUUAUGUGCCAUAGAAAGCUUCUAGUCACCAUCCUC